UCGGGGCUGCUGGGAAUGCUUGGGGCUGGGAGGCAGCUGGGAUGAGCUGGUGAGACUUGUGCUGCUUGUAUCUGGCUUUUGCAGGAGGGCACCUGAGCCUGGAAUGAGCUGGGGCUGUGUGAGAGCUGGAAAAAUGCUCAGUAAAGGCAUCCAUGCUGUGGGGGUUGCAGGAUGCCCCAAGCUGUUUGUGUCGGGGUGUGAAGGUUGGCUGGUGAGGAACCCUGUGACUCCUCACCUCCAGCUCUCCUCCUCCAAGAGCAGGGCAUGUCCCUUUCUGCUCCCUUUGAUUUUUGGUGAUUGAAGGUCUGACCUUGCAUGUUAUUAGCUGGGGAGGUGCUGGGGACCUUGGUGGAGGCAGAGAGCUUGGGGACAGACCCUACACAACUACAAAGGUCCCUGGCACCCCCCUGUGCCAAAUACCUGUCACCAGAGAGAGCUCAGUGUGUGCCGUGGGCAGUGCUGCCUGAGCUGGAGCAACUUCUCAAGCGUUUUGCUGCAAGAGGUUGUGGUUCAGCUGGAAGGUGGCUCCUUCAGGAAAGGACAGAGUUGAGUCCUCUCCUGCACAUGCCAUGUCUUCAGGGACAGAUUCUCCCCCGGGCGCUCUCCUGUGCUCUGCUGCUCCUCCUGCUCGUCGCCGUGCUCAGCAGAGGCAAGAGGUGCAGCAUCGCUAAAAUCCUCCGGCAGUACCGAGCUGUCAUCUUCCACGAGAUCCAGAACCUGAAAAACCUGAGUGGGUCAAUGGACAGGAGCAGGAGGGCCAGGCUGGCUUGUCGUUCUGACAAGGACCAGAAGAUCCUGCUCUCCAUCUACAACAUCACCAUGUCCCUGCAGGAGGUGGCAGCAGGCACCCUGCACGGCCCAGAGGAGCUGGUGGUGUGGAAGGUGGCCAGAAACACCGACUUUGUGCUCAGGGAGAACUGCAGGAAGAUCAGCAAGAGCCGGCCGCGCGUCCCGACACGGCCCCGGCGCGGGGCACCCGCCCGCAGGAGGAAGCAGCUGCGGGAGAUCGGGAGGAAGGCGGAGAGGUUGGCGACCUGCUGGGAGAAGCUCUACGCCCUGCACGCACCCCGCCCUGCCCCCCGGGACUCGUAGGGAUGCCCUCCUCCUGUGCCCGAGGGAUGUGCUGCUCCAGCACUGUGCCUGCCGGGAGCUGGUCCGGAAACCUGGGGCAGAUUCAGCCCUGAAGGCAGUGGAGUUGCUACCGGUGGGUGCUAGAGUUGGAUUCAUCCUCCUGUUCCAAGCGGUCCCUGGGGACUGUCCCCUGGCACGUGGGGCUGGAAGGUUGGUUUGACAUGGGAUGGCUGUGGCAGGAAGCUGGAGCACCAGAAACGUGGGGGAGAAGAGGGGGAAGAGCUGAAAAAAGGAGGCAAGGUGCUGGAUUCCUGCAGUGCUCCAGCCCCUGCAUCACCUGCUGCUUUCUUGGGGACAACGGUUGCUUUUUGGGGCAGAAAGGGGACAUGUGGGGCCCCUGUUUAGAGGGCUCUGCUGUAAGAGGAGUGUCUGCAAGGCUCUGAGGGUGGCUGGGCUGAUGAGAGGGACACAUGUCUCUGUUGUACUGCUGGGACAGGUGGAUGGGGAACUGGGGUGCAUCACUGAGCACCCAGGGCAGGCUGAUGAACACCAGUGCCUGUGGAUAAACAGCAGAACCCCAGGCAGCCGCAGGGGCUGGAGGCCAAGGCUCAACCUCUGGGACAGGCAGCACCAGGGAGGGACCCAUCACCCUCUGGUGAGUUGAGCCUGGAGGAAUGUGGGGUUCAGUGAGCUGAGGAACAUCCUUCCUUGUCACCAUGCUGUGCAACCACCCUGGCCAGGGUUCCUGCUCCCCUCUGGGGUGUCA